AUGGAUGCCAAGCACAGAGCCUUGCUGGUGCAACACAAGCCGUUCUUAAUCAGGAAUAUCGUUUGGUGGCCGGAGCUAUCAUCUUUGCUGAGGUACCAGGGACUUCUGGCUGAUUCUAUGAUACAGGAUAUCGAGGCGUGCAACACAAGAGAGGGCAAAGUGAAGCUAAUGAUGGAGUUACUGCCUUUGAAAAGCGGCAAGAGCUUUCAAAAGUUUCUGGAUAUCCUCCAUGUGUCGGGUCAUACAUUUUUGGCAGACUUUCUCAGAGAAGGCGAUGAGGCUGGAAAAUUAUUUAACAUUCAACGAAUGUACAAGAGGCUUCCGUUUCUGAGGCGAGCUUUCAGCGAUGUCGAGAGACAGAAGAUAGAGCAUUUUAUCUCAGAGCAGAUCGACUCUCAAGUACUGAAGAUUCUGUGCCAAAGAGAUACGAAACAAAAAGACACUACUAUGCAGAUAAGGCAGCAACUGAUAGAACAAGCAUAUGCAUUUGAGAUUAAAUCCAAGAAGAAUGCAGAUACAGUACAAAAGUUGGAAGACACAAUCAAUGCUUUAACGAGGGAGAAUGAAGACUUGAAGAAGAAACUAUCAGAUUUUAAAGUCACCUACAACGAAAUGGAACAAAAGUACAAGAUAUUGCUGGAAGUCCAGACUCGUUACACUGAAGCUAAUGACAAUGAGAUACGCCGGGUUAAUGAUAAAAUACUUAUGCAAGAAAACAAUCUUCAAGAGUUAACAAUGAAGCUGCAUGAAUGUAUGAGAAUGGAAGCUGGACUAUGCAGUUUACAUUCUAUUGAAGAAACAUACACAGAAAGGGAUAUGCAUGACCUAAGAACAAUAAAAAAGCUGACUCUUGAAGAGAGUGUAGAUCAGUUUGUAAUGAAAUUCAAGAAUUUAGUUCAGAUUCGCAAACAGUACGAAAAUGUGUUGGAAGAAAAAACCACUAUAUUGAGUCGUUUUGGGUUUCUGGACAAUAGACAAGGGAAUGAAGCAGUAGAUUUCAAUUCAAUGGCAGAAAUAAACUCUGCAGAUGGAAGUUACCAGUCAAAACUGUGCGCACUGGGCUGCACAAUGUGGCAGAGUGUCAUUAUGAAAGUGAUGAAGAAACAAUUAAAUGAUCUCAGAGUGAGCUCCAGGAAAAAGGAUUCCCAUAUCCUCAUGCUAAACCAGGAUUUGUCAAAGAUGAGGCAGAGAGUAUCAGAUUUAGAAAAACAGCUUCAGGAAUGCAGUGAGGGCAAAAACCAUUCACGGACUAGAAGUGGAAAGGAAAUAACUAUUGGAAUUAUACCAACUGCUUUGUUUAGUGAUUCUGCAAGUAAUUCUUUAGAAGCACAAAAUUCUUUCUUCAGAAACUCUAAGAAUGCUGUAAUAACACCACCAGCUAUCUCUCAAAGGUCUCUUGCAAAGCCCCUUUCCUUAACAAUUGGUGCGGAGUCUCACAAACCAGUCUCUGAUUUGAAGACCCACAUUAUCAAUUAUCCAUUGAGUGUAACGAGCCAGGCCAAGCCAUGGAUUCAGAGAAGCAAACCGAAUUCUAGAACUUAA